CUCAGAGAGUCAAAUAUUCAAACUAAUGAAAACUUUUAACUAUAGUUUAAUAUGAUAUAGUAGGAAUAUUAUAUAAUGGGUUCAGUUUUGUAGUAUAUUGAAAUAUAUGAUAUAAAAAUCACAGUUCAUACCACAACAAUAAAGUUUAUUUAACUACUAACAAAAUAGAAACAUGGCACCCAUUAAGGACUGUCUUAUUUAAUGGCAGUACUUAGUUAAAUAUAAACUGAGAAAGUAAUGCUACAACCAUCUAUAUGGUAUGACCCAGGGAUAAUUCUGUUAUUCUAGUGGCUGAAAUGGAUUGUGAGUGUUUAAUAACGAGUAUAUUCAUUCUAUUACAGACAACUCCAGUACUUGGCUUGUUUGGUCUGGUGCUGGCCAUAAUAAUCAUGAAGGAACCUGAAGGCAUGGAUGAAGAGGAAGAUGUCAAUCUUAAAUUAGACUCUUCCUGCUUUUCUGACCUAAAGAAAUUGCUGACAAAGUAAGUCUCUCUUAUUGGUCCUUUAAUGUGAGGUAAAUAACCCAAGAACGGUAAAAAAAAACCUGUCGGUCACUAACUUGAACUCUCCUCUUUCAGUUGUACCUAUCUCGCCUUCACAGCUGGCGUUUUAUGCUAUGCUUUUGUAUAUGGUGCAAACUUUUUAUGGGUCAGCAAAUUAUUAAACGAAACCCGGACAGAGUUAGAUAUCAAGACACAUUGUUUGACCACAGACUGCCACUAUGACGACAACGUGUUCUAUGGAGUCAUCAAUUGUGCAAUGAAUCUAAUUGGCCUUAUUAUUGGCAUGGAAUUAAGCAAGCGUUACAAGAAGAGUCAUCCGUAUACAGAUCCAGUAUUGUGUGGAAUAGGGCUCAUGAUCUGUGCCCCCAUCUUAACGCUCUUUAUAGUCUUCCAAGGGAUCAACUUUAUUGUUGCCUAUGUGAGUAUUAUCAGUUUGUUCUAUGUGGCUAUAGAAUUAGGGGAACUAAUAUAUAAUAAUGAACAUGAAUAUUCUGCCAUUUACAAGAAAUUAGCUUAUAUUAAUUGUCAAUUUUUCUUACUCUUCUAUUUUUCCAGGUUUUCAUUGCCAUCGCUGGAGUAUUUCAAGCUAUAUGCCUAGUCCCGAUACUUAACAUGAAACUGGACUUAGUGGAUCCAAAACUACAUAAGACAGCCAAUGUUAUGGAGCUGUUCUUAACUAAGCUGAUAGGAAGUAUCGGGCCUUCAGUAUUUAUUAUAAAGGUCUCUGAAGCAUUAAUGAAGAUCAUUCCUAAUGGCACUAAGCUGACGAGUAUGCAGUUUGCUAUGACAAUUAUACCAGUAAUGGCACUGAUCGGAGCAGUAUUUUUCUUUAUUACUGUAUAUCGCCUGAAGAAGAAAAAGAAGAAGGCAGAGAUGCUAUCAGCUAUCAUCAUCCAGAAAUAACCAGGUACUUUGGGGUGUUGUAGAAUAGAGGGGUGCUGUUAGGAGUUCUGGUUAAUUCA